AUGGCGGAACACACAUUUCACACGCCGAGUUUCGGGGACGAGGGUUUCGACAUCCCGUCGAUGGGCAAUCAAGGAAACAACUCGACCACCUCGCCGAGUUGUAACAACGUGUCCACUCCGUCUAACGGUUCGGCCGAUUCCAUAAUCACUUCGCACACGCAACCGCAGCCACCGUCUUUGGCAUAUCAACACAGCCAACAGAUGAUGAAUCACCAUCAUCCACAGGACACAGGCAUGCAGGGAAUGAACUCGCACAACUCACACCAUUCGCAUCAAUCGGCUUACCAGCAGCCACUCUACUUGACCGGCCACGAACACGGCCUGGGCCUGAACGUUAGUUCCAGUUACUCUCAACCGAGUUACACUCCAUUGAACAACACGAAUACCACGAACGGUGCGCAGAACGGCAUGAUGUACCAUCGGCACCACCAAGCGUCCAACCAACAACAACAGCACCACCAAGCGUCCAAUCAACAGCAGCAGCAGCAGCAGCAGCAACAGCAACAACAGCAGCAACAGCAGCAGCAGCAGCAACAACAACAACAACAGCAACAGCAACAGCAACAACAGCAACAGCAGCAACAUCAUCAUCAGCAGCAACAGCACCCACCCACCCACAUGCCGCAACCAACACAUUUACCAGCCCACCACUACACCAAUAUGGGACCACCGGCCACCAGUCCGCUGACCCCUUCGCUGGACAUGCACCGGCACUCAAAUCCCACGCCAACGCCGGAAGGCAUAAACACUACCAGCGACGACAGUGACGACAGCACACCGCACCAAACGAUGCUUGCAAUCAAGAGAGAAAGGCUAUCUCCGGAACCGUUGGAUGGUUGCGGGAUCAUGAAAAUGCAGCAAAAGAAGCCGAAACCGACCAAAAAGAAAAAGAAAAGGGAUCCCAAUGAACCGCAAAAGCCGGUAUCCGCUUACGCGCUCUUCUUCCGGGACACCCAAGCUGCGAUCAAAGGCAAAAAUCCCAAUGCUAGUUUCGGCGAAGUGUCCAAGAUCGUGGCGUCCAUGUGGGAUUCGUUGGACGCGGAUCACAAAAAUGUGUACAAGAAGAAAACGGAAGCCGCCAAGAAGGAUUACUUGAAGGCCUUGGCUGCAUACAGAGCGAGUCUUGUAUCGAAGGGAGGAGAACCGGACUCGAACAUGUACGCCGGUGGGUACGUGGGUAGCUAUGGUGGGGUGUACAACGGAUACUCGCCACCCGCUGGUCUACCCUCGCCACCCAUGUCCGUGCCGUCGCCUCACUCGCAAGUUCACGGCCAAGUCAAGAAGUCAGCCAUGAUGAUGGACAAUCGGGUACCGGUCAUGAACAGCCACCCGCAAAACCACAACCAAUCGCAACAGACAGCCGGUCUGAUCGGCAGCCACAACCAGGUCGCUCCAGGACUGAACCAUUUAUCGCAGCAUCCCCAGGGCGGACUUCCCCCGUCACCGCAGCAGUCACAGCCCCCGACGCCACCGGCCAAUGUUUCAUCAUACGAUUACGGUGAACGACUGGUCUUAAGGGCGCUAAAGAGGCCAUAA